AUGAUGGAUGAUGAUUUCUUUAUGUUUUAUUAUAAGAGUAUAUUGUGUCAGUUUUUAAUCAUAAUUGGUAGGAUUUUUUUAGAAAGCCAUAAAUUUAUAAUUAAAUUCCAAUCGCUUGUUUAAAUUGGAACACAGGAAAAUAUAUAUUAGAGUACUAUAAUGAAUGUUGAGAAGGAUUUAAUUGUUGUAAAUUUAGUGGUUAAAAAGAACUUGUAUAUCUUCCAAUGUUAUUUAAAACAAAAUAAUGUAUUAAAUUAAAAUUGUUCAAAGAGUGAUUGUUCAUUUUAUUAUAAUAUUUAAGAAAAAAAGUAAAAUAGAAUAAAUUUGAUAAUGGAUGCAUUGAUUAAUUAUGUCAAUUGAG